AUGCGUGACGUGCUGUCAUCGUACCGGCGAGGCCACGGCUACCUCGCGCUGGCCGUGUGCCUGUUCGGCACGGUGGCCAACCUGCUCAACGUGGUGGUGCUGACGCGCAAGGAGCUGUCGGGCGCGCCCAUCAACCGCAUCCUCACCUGGCUCGCCGUCGCCGACAUGCUCGUCAUGAUCGAGUACGUGCCGUUCGCGUGCUACAUGUACCUGGUGCUGCCCGAGCGCAAGGACUUCCCCCAGCUGGGCGCCAUCUUCAUCCUGUUCCACAGCCACUUCGCCCAGGUGCUGCACACCAUCUCCAUCUUGCUGACGUUGGCGUUGGCCGUCUGGCGGUACAUCUCCAUCAGGUUCCCGCAGCACACGCACUCGCUGUGCUCGCAGAGACGCUGCACCAUGGCCAUCCUGUUCUCCUACCUGCUGGCUGUGGUUGUCUGCAUCCCGUCCUACCUGACCAUCAGCAUCCGCGAGGUGACCCUGCUGGAGAACAACAAGCUCGUCACCCUGUACCACUUGGGCCUCAGCGAUCUGGCCAAGGAGAACGGCGAGUUCCUGUACAUCCUCAACUUCUGGGUGUACUCGGUGCUCAUCAAGCUCCUGCCCUGUACCAUCCUCACCGUCAUCAGGUACACACCGUUUCCGCACGCACUAGGAAAAGUCUUCGCUUUGUAUGACGAAGAAAAUUGUAGACCG